AUGCUGAGGAAGGUGUCUGGGUUGCUGCGCCGUGGUCACGGCCAGGACGCAGCGGCCCCUCGCUCUAGACUGCACACGGAGGACACCGAUCACGAUGCAUCGGGGAAGGGGCUGCCACAGGCCCGCUUGCCCUCCCGCAUCUUUCCCGACGGCCCCCGCCAGGUGUCCGAGGAGGAGACUUUCGGCCUGCUGAAGCUGACCCUGCACUGCGCGCAGCUCCUGCAAGUCCGCCGGGACCGCCCCUACUUUGCCGUGCUCUCCAUCGGCAGCCAGACCCUGACCUCUGCGCGCAUACGGGCCCCUGCCCACGAGGAUGUGUGCCUGACAUGGGAGGCCAGCAGCCACUUUGUGCUGCAACGCUCCGGCCCGACGCUGGCGCGGGUCGCGAUCUACCGUGGCGGCAAGUACAAGGGCGCGCUCAACAACUUCCUGGAGUGCUGGUGUCAGAUUGACCUCGCCACCUACUUUGACAACGAGCCGGGGGCGAGGUCCCUGCCCGAGGGCGGCUGGCACGACCUGCUGUCGGCAAACGGCAGCGACGGCUCGGCCUCCCAGCACGCCGGCCGGCUGAAGGUGUCGGCGGCGGCCUCCUCGCCGCGCGCCCUGGAGUCGCAGCUGUGGACGCGCCUGCUCCCCCUGGCCGACUUUGACGGCAACGGCAGCCUGAACGAUCAGGAGUUUGUCAUGCUCAUGCAGGCCUUUGGCGCCGACCUGGAGGAGCACGACCUGGAGGGCCUGUGGCGGCGGGUGGCUGACCCUGAGGGCGCCGCCACGCCCAUCGCUCAGCUGGCGGACCGCAUGACGCGCGUGCACAGCGGGGGCGACCUGGCCUCGCUCAUGAAGCGCUGCCCUGUUGACGGCGCGGCCCUAGUCCCCGGUCAGGACCUGGCCAACCUCAUCUACAUGACCCUGGUGCUGGACGAGGGGCUGGCCCCGACCACGCCCUCCGCCACGCUCAAGGGCGGGUACAGCACGGCGCAGCAAGCGUCCCGCGCAUGGAUGCUGCGUAUGACCGAGUGGCUGACGCACCCCCUGGCCGGCGCGCCUUCCGGCAUCCUGCGCGGCAACAAGUACGCGGUGGGUGGCCUGCGCCUGGGCGCCCAGGCGGCGCACAUCUUGGUGGUGGACCGCCGCUCGCGGCUGGUCGUCGAGGAGAAGCUGGGCGUGGUGCUGUCGCUGGCCAUGCGCAACAUGUAUCAGUCACGCAUGGGGCGGGUGCUGAUGCGGGAGGGCUUCUUUGCCCGCCUGAAAUCCAUGUCCGAGACCAAGGGGCGGUACAUGGACAGCCCGGAGAGUGUCAAGGACAUCCCUAUAUUCCUCCACCUCUUCAAGGACGACCUCAACCUGUCCGAGAUCCGGGACCCCAUCGACAGCUUCCGGACCUUCAACCAGUUCUUCUUCAGGGAGCUGAAGCCAGGGGCGCGGCCCAUCGCCUCACCGACAGAAGACAGCGUGAUCGUCUCCUGCGCCGACUGCCGCCUCAUCGUGUACGAGAGCGUGGACGAGGCGACGCGGUUCUGGAUCAAGGGCCGCCGCUUCUCGGUGGCCGGCCUGCUGGCCGACGCCUCGCCCGAGCGGGAGCUCUCGGCGCCCCACGCCCGCGGCACCCUGGCCAUCUUCCGCCUCGCCCCCCAGGACUACCACCGCUUCCACGCGCCGCUGGGGGGCAGCGUGGUGUCCAUCACCCCCGUCCCGGGUGAGCUCUUCACCGUCAACCCCAUCGCCAUCCACAGCGAGUUCGUGGACGUGUUCACCGAGAACAAGCGCUCCAUCCUGUGGCUGGACACGCCCGAGUUUGGGCGCGUGGCCUUUGUGGCCGUGGGCGCGACCCUGGUGGGGUCCAUCGUGUGGAGUGUGGGGCCCGGAGACGCCGUGGCCAAGGGCCAGGAGCUGGGCUACUUUGCCUUUGGCGGCAGCACCUGCAUCCUCCUGCUCCCGGACGCCCACCCCGUGGUCUGGGACGAGGACCUCCUGCAGUACGGGAGGAAGUCGCUGGAGACGCUGGUCAGGGUGGGGGAGCGGGUCGGCGUGCACGCGGGCUCUGCGCUGGAGACCCCGGCCGAGGAGCGGGCGGCGCUGGCCACCUCCACGGCCGCCGCCACCGCGGGCAUCAUGCCCCUGGAGGAAAGGGCGCAGGGCAUGGACACGGCGCGGGACGAGGCUGGCCUACUCAUGGCCAUGUCCCCCGUGGCCAGCCCCAGGGUCGCGUCCACACUGGCCCCGGGCAGCAGCCCGUUUGGCUGGGGCGCUGAGCUGGGGGGGACUGCGAUGGGGGAGGAGAGCCACAGCUCGGAAUCCAGCGACGGCGGCUACGUCUCCGCCACGUGA